CACCCACCCCUAGUCAGGAAAUGUGAGCGGGGCUGAUGGAAGCUGAUAGGCAGGGCUGGAGUGUUAGCACCAGUACUGGAUGUGACAGCAGGCAGAGGAGCAUUUAGCAGCUUAUUCAGUGUCCGAUUCGGAUUCCGGCAAGGAUCCAAGCAUGGAAUGCUGCCGUCGGGCAACUCCUGGCACACCGCUCCUCUUGCUGGCUUUCCUGCUCCUGAGCUCCAGGACAACACGCUCUGAGGAGGACAGGGACAUUCUGUGGGAUGCCUGGGGCCCAUGGAGCGAGUGUUCACGCACCUGUGGUGGAGGCGCCUCCUACUCACUAAGACGCUGUCUCAGCAGCAAGAGCUGUGAGGGAAGAAAUAUUCGAUAUAGAACAUGCAGUAACGUGGACUGCCCACCAGAAGCAGGUGAUUUCCGUGCUCAGCAAUGCUCAGCUCAUAAUGAUGUCAAGCACCAUGGCCAGUUUUAUGAAUGGCUUCCUGUGUCUAAUGACCCCGACAACCCAUGUUCGCUGAAGUGCCAGGCCAAAGGAACAGCCCUGGUUGUUGAGCUAUCACCUAAGGUCUUAGAUGGGACUCGUUGCUACACUGAAUCUUUGGAUAUGUGCAUCAGUGGUUUAUGCCAAAUCGUUGGCUGUGAUCACCAGUUGGGAAGCACUGUCAAAGAAGAUAACUGUGGAGUCUGCAACGGAGAUGGGUCCACCUGCAGGCUGGUCCGAGGGCAAUAUAAAUCUCAGCUCUCUGCAACCAAACUGGAUGACACUGUGGUUGCUAUUCCCUAUGGAAGUAGACAUAUUCGCCUUGUCUUAAAAGGACCUGAUCACUUGUAUCUGGAAACCAAAACCCUCCAGGGGGCCAAAGGUGAAAAUAGUCUCAACUCCACGGGCACCUUUCUUGUGGACAAUUCUAGUGUGAACUUCCAGAAAUUUCCGGACAAAGAGAUACUGAGAAUGGCUGGACCACUCACAGCAGAUUUCAUCGUCAAGAUCCGCAACUCGGGGCCCGCCAACAGUACAGUCCAGUUCAUCUUCUAUCAGCCUAUCAUCCACCGAUGGAGGGAGACGGAUUUCUUUCCUUGCUCAGCAACCUGUGGAGGAGGUUACCAGCUGACAUCAGCUGAGUGUUAUGACCUUCGGAGCAACCGCGUGGUUGCUGAUCAGUACUGUCACUAUUACCCAGAGAACAUCAAACCCAAGCCCAAACUUCAGGAGUGCAACUUGGAUCCUUGUCCAGCCAGUGACGGAUACAAGCAGAUCAUGCCCUAUGACCUCUACCAUCCCCUUCCUCGGUGGGAGGCCACCCCGUGGACCGCGUGCUCCUCCUCGUGUGGGGGGGGCAUCCAGAACCGGGCAGUUUCCUGUGUGGAGGAGGACAUCCAGGGGCAUGUCACCUCAGUGGAAGAGUGGAAAUGCAUGUACACCCCUAAGAUGCCCAUCGUGCAGCCCUGCAACAUUUUUGACUGCCCUAAAUGGCUGGCACAGGAGUGGUCUCCGUGCACGGUGACAUGUGGCCAGGGCCUCAGGUAUCGUGUGGUUCUCUGCAUCAACCAUCGAGGAAUGCACACAGGAGGCUGUAGCCCCAAAACUAAGCCCCACAUAAAAGAGGAAUGCAUCAUACCCACCCCCUGCUAUAAACCCAAAGAGAAACUUCCAGUAGAGGCUAAGCAGCCAUGGCACAAACAAGCUCAAGAGCUGGAAGAAGGAGCUGCUGUGUCAGAAGAGCCCUCGUUCAUCCCAGAGGCCUGGUCGGCCUGCACAGUUACCUGUGGUGUGGGGACCCAGGUACGAAGAGUAAAGUGCCAGGUGCUCCUGUCUUUCUCUCAGUCCGUGGCUGACCUGCCGGUUGAUGAAUGUGAGGGACCCAAGCCAGCAUCCCAGCGUGCCUGUUAUGCAGGACCAUGCAAUGGGGAAGUUCCCGAGUUUAACCCGGAAGAGACAGAUGGCCUGCAGGAUUUUGACGAGCUGUACGACUGGGAGUAUGAGGGCUUCACCAAGUGCUCGGAGUCAUGUGGAGGAGGUGUCCAGGAGGCCGUGGUGAGCUGCCUGAACAAACAGACGCGGGAGCCUGCUGAUGAGAACCUGUGCGUGACCAGCCGCCGGCCCCCAAAGCUCCUGAAAGCCUGCAGUUUGGAUCCCUGCCCAGCAAGGUGGGAAAUUGGCAAGUGGAGUCUAUGCAGUCUCACCUGUGGGGUUGGCCUGCAAACCAGAGACGUCUUCUGUUCCCACCUACUUUCCAGAGAGAUGAAUGAAACAGUAAUCCUGGCUGAUGAGCUAUGUCGCCAGCCCAAGCCCAGCACUGUGCAAGCUUGUAACCGCUUCAACUGCCCCCCAGCCUGGUACCCUGCACAGUGGCAGCCGUGUUCCAGGACCUGUGGAGGGGGCAUUCAGAAGCGCGAGGUUCUUUGCAAGCAGCGCAUGGCUGAUGGCAGCUUCCUAGAGCUUCCUGAUACCUUCUGUUCAGCCUCAAAACUGGCCUCCCAGCAAGCCUGCAAGAAAGAUGACUGUCCCAGUGAGUGGCUUCUCUCUGACUGGACAGAGUGUUCCACAAGCUGUGGGGAGGGAACCCAGACUCGAAGUGCCAUUUGCCGGAAAGUGCUGAAAACCGGAGUCUCAGCUAUUGUCAAUUCCUCCCUGUGCCCUCCCCUGCCGUUCUCUUCAUCCAUCAGGCCUUGUAUGCUGGCAACCUGUGCAAGGCCCGGGCGGCCAUCCACAAAGCACAGCCCACACAUUGCGGCCUCAAGGAAGAUAUAUAUCCAGACCCGCAGGCAGAGGAAGCUGCACUUCGUCGUGGGGGGGUUCGCAUACUUGCUCCCCAAGACUGCCGUGGUGCUGCGCUGCCCCACGCGGCGCUUCCGCAAGCCCCUCAUCACCUGGGAGAAAGACGGCCAGCACCUUAUCAGCUCCGCCCAUGUCACCGUGGCCCCUUUUGGCUACUUGAAGAUCCACCGGCUCAAGCCCUCGGAUGCAGGCAUCUACACCUGCUCCGCAGGACCAGCCCGGGAGCAGUUUGUGAUUAAGCUUAUAGGAGGCAAUAGGAAGCUCGUGGCCAGGCCCUUGAGCCUGAGGAGCGAGGAGGAGGCCCUCCCAAUGAGGAAGGCCAACCCCAAGGAGGCCCUGCAGACCCACAAACACCAGAACGGAAUCUUCUCUAAUGGCAGCAAGGCUGAGAAGCGGGGCCUCGUUGCUGACCCAGGGAGCCGCUACGAUGACUUUGUCUCUCGGCUGCUGGAGCAGGGGGGCUGGCCAGGAGAGCUCCUGGCCUCGUGGGAGGUCCAGGACUCCACAGAAAGGAACACGUCCUCAGAGGAGGACCAGAACGCUGAGCAGGCCCUCCUGCACCUGCCCUUCACCAUUGUGACGGAGCAGCAGCGCCUGGACGACAUCCUCCAGAACCUCUCCCAGCAGCCCGAGGAGCUUCGCGAUGUCUACAGCAAGCACUUGGUGGCCCAGCUGGCCCAGGAGAUCUUCCGCAGCCACCUCGAGCACCAGGACAUGCUCCUCAAGCCAUCUGAGCGGAAGAUGCCCCCUGUGGCCAUCCCGCCUCAUAAACAUGUGUCUGGCUUCAGCAGCUCACUCCGGACCUCCUCCUCUGGGGAGGCUGGCGGUGGCUCUCGCAGGCCACACCGCAAGCCCACCAUCUUACGGAAGAUCUCAGCUGCCCAGCAGCUCUCUGCCUCCGAAGUAGUUACCCACCUUGGGCAGACUGUGGCUCUGGCCAGUGGAACACUGAGUGUGCUUCUGCACUGUGAGGCCAUAGGCAACCCCAGACCUACCAUCAGCUGGGCCAGGAACGGAGAAGAGGUUCAGUUCAGUGACAGGAUUCUUCUACAACCAGAUGAUUCCUUACAGAUCCUGGCACCAGUGGAAGCUGAUGUGGGUUUCUACACUUGUAAUGCCACAAAUGCCUUGGGAUUUGACUCUGUCUCCAUUGCUGUCACAUUAGCAGGAAAGCCAUUAGUGAAAACAUCACGAAUGACUGUAAUCAACACCAAGGAGCCUUCAAUCACAGUUGAUGUAGGAAGCACCAUCAAAACAGUACGGGGAGUGAAUGUGACAAUUAACUGCCAAGUUGCAGGUGUGCCUGAAGCUGAAGUCACUUGGUUCAGGAAUAAAAGCAAACUGGGCUCCCCUCACCAUCUGCACGAGGGCUCCUUGCUGCUCACAAAUGUGUCUUCUUCAGAUCAGGGCCUGUAUUCCUGCAGAGCAGCCAAUGUGCAUGGAGAGCUGACCGAGAACACUCAGCUUCUGAUCCUAGAUCCCCCGCAAGUCCCCACGCAGUUGGAAGACAUCAGAGCCUUGCUUUCCGCCACUGGACCAAACUUGCCUUCAGUGCUGACAUCUCCUCUGGGAACACAGCUGGUCCUGGAUCCUGGGAAUUCCGCUCUCCUUGGCUGCCCCAUCAAAGGUCACCCAACCCCCAAUAUCACCUGGUUCCAUGGUGGUCAGUCAGUUGCCACUGUCACAGAAUUGACACAUCAUAUCUUGGCAGCUGGACAGAUUCUCCAGGUUGCAAAUCUUAGUGGCAAGUCUCAAGGGGAAUUCAGCUGCCUUGCUCAGAAUGAGGCAGGAGUGCUCGUGCAGAAGGCCUCUCUUAUAAUCCAAGAUUACUGGUGGUCUGUGGACAGACUGGCAACCUGUUCGGCCUCCUGUGGUAACAGGGGUGUUCAGCAGCCCCGCCUGAGGUGUCUCCUGAAUGGCUCAGAGGUCAACCCUGCUCACUGUGCAGGGAAGAUUCGCCCUGCUGUUCAGCCCGUCGCCUGCAACCGGAGAGACUGCCCUUCUCGGUGGAUGGUGACCUCCUGGUCAGCUUGUACCCGGAGCUGUGGGGGAGGCAUUCAGACCCGCCGGGUGACCUGCCAGAAGUUGAAAGCCUCUGGAAUCUCCACUCCCGUGUCCAACGACAUGUGCACACAGCUCACCAAACGGCCAGUAGACACUCAGGCCUGUAACCAACAGCUCUGUGUGGAAUGGGCCUUCUCCAGCUGGGGCCAGUGCAAUGGGCCUUGCAUUGGGCCUCGCCUAGCUGUGCAACACAGACAAGUCUUCUGCCAGACACGGGAUGGCAUCACCUUACCAUCAGAGCAGUGCAGUGCCCUUCCAAGGCCUGUGAGUACCCAGAACUGCUGGUCAGAAGCCUGCAGCGUACACUGGAGGGUCAGCCUGUGGACCCUGUGCACAGCGACCUGCGGCAACUAUGGCUUCCAGUCUCGGCGUGUGGAGUGUGUGCAUGCCCGCACCAGCAAGGCAGUACCUGAGCACCUGUGCUCCUGGGGGCCCCGGCCUGCCAACUGGCAGCGCUGCAACAUCACCCCAUGUGAAAACAUGGAGUGCAGAGAUACCACCAGGUACUGCGAGAAGGUGAAACAGCUGAAACUCUGCCAACUCAGCCAGUUCAAGUCUCGCUGCUGUGGAACUUGUGGCAAAGCGUGAAGACAGGGCACAGGGAAGAAUCCACCCUGGCCACACAGAGGACUCACGCAACCACCUCGGACAGAACUUAAGCUUUCUUUGUUUUAUUUAUUUAUUUCCCCCUUCCCACUCCCAGCUCACAACCCUCACCCAGCCCCCCCACCCCACCCCAGACAUGAGGACCUCAGCAUGUCUUCUGUUUCAGUUAGAUGGAGGACAGAACGUUGAGAAAGGACAAAGACGGAGGUCUAAAGGAGGUUGCAGAGCAGACUGUGCCAGACAGCAGAAGCUCCCUCCCAAACCUGGGUCCCAAAGAGACCUGGGAAGAGACAGGCACAGCCCCUGGGGACAACAGGGAGCCAGAGCUCCCGGCAGGUGGGAGGGCAGGGGCCCAGGUGGCUUGUAAAGCAUUGGUCCAGACUUUGGACAACCAACUGUGUCUUCCCUGGCAGCGCCCUGUUAACGCGGGAGUGUGCUACUCCCAUCUCCUCCUCUGCCCCUCAGCCUUGGGAAGGGGAAGCAGGGAGGAGGAGGACACCGUACUGAGGUAGAACCCAUCCCAAACUCAGCUCUUCUGCCAGGGGGCACAGAGCAACAAGAACUCAAAACAUGGACAAGUAGGGGUAAAGGAGGAGACAAUCCAAGUAGGACUAAAGCAUAUGAUGCAUAAAAAAGUAGCAAAGGAAGGGGACAGAAGCAAAAAGAAGCCUGUGCAUGUUCCUCAAUAGGGAAAUGGGGGAAGACAGGGGAGGAGUGAGCAGGCAAGAGGCUCACAGACAGGCUCUGAACCCCGUGCCUGGGUGUGUGAGGCUGUAGGCUCAGGGGAGGGGAUGCUCAGAGCUCUGCAGCCCUCACAGAGGAUAUAGGCUCUGGUAAGAGACAUGCCCUCCAUGGGGUGGAGGAGAGUCCCUGCUCCCCACACUUUCUCAGUGAACUUUCUGCCUAUACACCAGUAGCAAAGCUACCCUGGCAUCUCAUUAUUUAAAUCUAGAGUCCCCCAGCCCAGAAUUCACUGCUGUUGUGGGCCAGGGGCAUUUUGAACAUGAAAAGGCCAGGUUUUUGGCCUUUGUUGCCGCACUUAAGGGCCAGAGACUAGAGUCAAUUUGUCAAAAAACAAUUCAUUAAUCAAUUUGCUAGAGUGCACCCAUCAAAUCAUAGCAACCACUUCAUUCCAGAGCUGGCCCGGGCAUGCGGUGGGACAGUGGGCUUGUGCGGGCCCCUCCCAGACCACAGUGAGAGUUGCCCUCUUAUUUAUAUAGCAGGCUGGGGCAGGGUGAUGGGGUGCGGUGGCAAAACUGAAGGGUAACUAAAGCUUCCAAGGCUUUUCAACCCAUUCCCCCCACACAAUGAACUACUGGGAAUCAAUAUAUACCAGUUCUGGUGAUCGGAUAAAUCAACAGGCAAAGACGUGUGCGUGCGCGCACACGCACACACACAUACAUACACACACACCAGCAAGGUCCAUCAUCUAGAGUAAGACAGCUUUGGCAUAGUCAAGUGAAAUUUGGGGACUAUUUGGCAAAUUGCUCGUUCGGCUAGUGGCUUUGGACAAGUGAUUUUGGCUGCCCCCCACGCCCCGAGUGGCCGCAGUUUUAUAGUCAUGGCAGGGAAGGAAGGCCAGAGUCGCUUACCCCUCAGAUAAACCACCCCCUCACACACUCUUGUGAAAUGCCACUCUCUCUGGGGCCACCACUGACAUCAGGGCUGCAUUUUCCAGCCAGCCUGGAAGUAAAGGUUGAGGGGAAGACAACGUUAAGCUGUGUUUUCCCUAGGCAAGCUAUGGACAAUUUGGUGAGUCUCUUUCUUCCUCACCACAAAAAUGGGCUCUAAGAAAUGUUACUAAAAAUCAGCAUAAUGUUUAUUUAAAAUAAAAGAGAAUGUUUUCUAUGUAUAUCUUUUGUGAAUAUUUAUUAGGAUUUCUUGUAUAAAAAAGUGCAAUAUUAAUAAUUGUACAUUGUCCAGAAAACAAAAUAUUUGGGCGACUUUUUAGUAACUUCCUGCAGUUGUGUUCCUGUAAACUCAGUGGUGAUUAUUGUAUUGUUCCUAUUUUUAAUAGAACCUGAUGUUUAACUCUGGAUCCAUCCACUGUGUAAGAAUACAUUGUAAAAGCUAACAUGGGGUGAUGGGGCAAUAAGAGGUGAUUCAUUUGUGACAUGAUAGUUACGCAUGGAAUGAAGAAGACAAAUUCCAUACUAUUACUAAUGUGGCUGAUCAUUUCCAAUUCAAUAGCUGUUGAAAACCAUUGGCCAAUAUUCACUUAUUCGACAUAGUAGGUGUUCUUCAGCUCCGCCAUGUGUCAGGUUGGAGCCAUUGGAAGUGGGUUUCAGAGCAAGCUUGGAGGACUUCAGUUUGGGGUGGGAAGCCACGUGCUCCUUGCAUGACAUGAAUGUUCAUUUACUGUUUGUUCUGUGAAUUGUGACUCAGCAGCACCCCAAGAUUAUUAGGACUGCUGAAUAAUGUGGAAGGAGGCACUGCCUCCUCUAAAACACAAAACUGUAUUUAUAUUUUUUGUACAGAUAAUACAGCUUAUUUAUUUAAA